AUGUCGGCAACACCACCGAAGCGUGUAGCACGAAGGGAGCGUGUCGGGGGUUACAGCUCGCCGUCAGCUGCGGUCGAAGACGAGGCGCCGGGAACACCAGGGCCGACGCGGGCGCGCAUCAACCACCUCGAGAACCAGGUGCGCGAGCUCGUUCGCAAGACACACGCUGCAGAGAGGAAGCACCGAGCCGAGAUGACAACCCUCGAGAGCAAGCUCGCCGACCGGGACACGCACCUCGCUACUGUCGCUCGUCGAGCGGACGAGGAGACACGCAAGAGCGCCAAGCUAGCUGGCGAGCUCGAGCGGUGCAAGACUGAGGGUGUGGGAAUGCGUCAGGAGUUGAACCUCUACUCGCUGGUACAGCAGCAGAAGGCCGUGCUCGCGCUCGCGGACGAGCAGCUCCAGAUCGUCGAGCUCGAGCAGCGGCUCCUCAAGGCGGAGAGUGAGCGCGUGAUGCGCGACCACAAGCUCGUACUUUUCCAGUCGCGCGAGGACGAUAUGCUCGCGGAAGUGGAGGACAAGGCAUCGCGGAUCGCCGAACUCGAGGAGGCGCUGCAGUCGGCCAACACAUCGCUGGCACACCAGCGUGCAGCGGAGCGCAAGGCUGCAGCCGUGGAGUGGACCUCGAAGAAGGACGAGUCGCGCGCCGAAGCCGAGGCCCUGCAGGCCAAGCUCGCCGCUCUGGAGGAGGAGCACGCGCAAGUGUGCACUGUGAACAGCAAGAACGUGGACAAGUACCAGAAGCUCAAGGAGAGGGAGAAGGAGGCCCAGGCGGAAAUCAAGCGCCUGCUCAGCGAGGAGCGGCCCGACCCGGCAGCCGACUCGGACAAGGCUGAGCUUAAAGCGCAGCUUCGUGCCGCCAAGGUCGAGGCGGCGAAGCGGACAGAGGAGGCGUCUGAUCUCGCCGAGGAACUCUCGGUACUCAAGGAGACGAGCAAGGAGAGGGAAAAGGCGCUCAAGGCAAAGUACCGCGAGGCGCAGGAAGAGCGGAACCGGCUCGCGGCGGUCGAGGUGGAGCUGGAGGCCCUCAAGGCGGCGAAUGCAAAGGCCGCCAAGGUCAAGAAGGAACCAGUCAAGAAGAAGGCUGCGUCGCGACCUGCUUCGCCGGUAGCGAAGGGCAAGGCGAGAAAGACGAGCCCUACAAGUGAUUCAGACGACGAACCUCCCAAGAAGAAGGCUCCCAAGGCCAGUACACGCGCGAAAUCUGUACUGGCGGACAGCGAUUCGGAGAAUACUCCACCAAAGGACGCGGACUCGGACGCGGGUAACAAGUCGACUGCCUCGAUCCCCGACAAGAAGAAGAAGCGCAAGCUCUUUGGCGUGCAGACUGCAUUCCAGUGGGAUCCCGUCUUAAACAGCGGCGACGGUGUCAUCCCUACGUUCCUCUCGCCCGUCAGACCGGCCGGAGCGAGUGGAACAAUCCCCAGAGCGGGACUCGGAGGGAUCAGUGCGCGUAAUCUUUCUCGCUUCUAAGCCUUGGCCUACUCAGAUGUCGGGUCGGGUGCUUUGGUCGGGGUGUAUCACAUUAACGUCUGGG